AUGAACGCCAGCCUCUUCUCCAAGGCAUCUAUCUCAGCACGGCCGCUGGCGCCGAUGUUGCAGCUGUGCCGGGGAUCCAGACAGAAGCUGCGGCUCUCGUCGACGUCACAGUCUUCUGCGGCCGCAUCAAUAUGCACAGGCCGACGAGCAGGCUAUAGCUCGGCAGCGUUUGGCAACGUGCGGUCGGGCUCGCGCACAUGCGCAGUCUCGGGUGCACGGCCCCGGCCGACUGUAGCACGCCGGCGUCUGCACAAGAGUUUCCACGCGACAGGUCGAUCGAUGGCGGCGCCAAAGGACCCGUACAAGGUGCUCGGGGUAGAGAAGAGCGCAACGGCGUCAGAUGUCAAGAAGGCAUACUACGGGCUGGCCAAGAAAUUUCACCCAGACACGAACAAGGACCCGACGGCCAAGGAGCGGUUUGCCGAGGUGCAGACGGCAUACGAGAUCCUAUCGGACCCCAAGAAGCGCGAGCAGUACGACCAGUUCGGGGCAGCCGGGGUUGACCCGAACGCGGCGGGCGGCAUGGGCGGCGACCCAUUUGGCGGCGGUGGCAACCCAUUCGCAGGCUUCGGCGGCGGCGGUGGUGGUGGGCAGGGCGGUUUCGGAGCCAACUUCAACUUUGAGGAUCUGUUUCAGGCCUUCACGGGACAGGGCGGAGCGGGCAACCCGUUUGGGCGGCGAGGUGGAGCAGCAGGCGGCGGUGGAGGUGGAGGCGGACGCAAUCCGUUUCAGCAAGAGAUCCUAGUGGGCGACAACAUCGAGAUUCAGACGAGUAUCAGCUUCCUGGAGGCGGCACGGGGGGUGACCAAGUCGAUCAAGACGACGCCGCUGCUGCCGUGCAAGCCGUGUGGUGGCAGCGGGCUAAAGCCGGGGACGAAGCGCAGCGGCUGCACUUCGUGCAACGGCACGGGCACGCGGGUGCACUUUGUGCAGGGCGGCUUCCAGAUGGCAUCGACGUGCGGUGCCUGUGGCGGUUCGGGAUCAACGAUUUCGCGGGGGUCGGCGUGCCGAACGUGUGGCGGCGAUGGUGCGGUGCGAGAGCGCCAGACGAUUGCAGUCGACAUUCCAGGCGGCGUGGAAGACGGUAUGCGGCUGCGGGUGGACGGCCAGGGUGAUGCAGCACUGACAGGACGGACAGCUGGGCCCAGUGGCAGCGAGGCAGCACGCGGUGUGCGCGGCGACCUGUAUGUGUUUGUGCACGUGGCCGCCGAUCCCAAGUUCAGCCGGUCCGGAGCCGACAUUCUGCACAUGGCCACGGUGCCGCUGACGACGGCCGUUCUUGGCGGCGAGGUCACGGUGCCGACGCUCGACGGCGAGGUCAAAGUGCGUGUGGCCACGGGCACCAGCACCGGUGAUCGCAUCACGCUCAGCGGCAUGGGCAUGAAGAAGCUUGGCAGCCGGCGACCUGCAUCGGGUGAUCUGCGUGUUGAGUUCCGUGUCGCCAUGCCCAAGCAUCUCACCGCCAACCAGCGUACCAUUCUCGAGAUGCUCGCCGACGAGAUGGAUGACAAGACGGCCAAGCGCGUCAUGAAUCUGCAUCGCUCUGGCCCGACCGGUUCCGAGAACCCAGACGGCUCCCACGAGAACGAGAGCUUCCUCCGGUCCAUCUGGCAUAACCUGACCAACCAUCCGGCUCACGGGACCAGCAGCAGCACGGACAGUACCGGCAGUUCUGGCUCUGGCCCCAAGACUGACGACUCCAAGGCCCAGGACCAGAAAAAGACAUCUGGCCCCGAUUCGACAUGA